GUGGGCUUGGAAAGAGAGGGAGAGAGAGAGAAGGUGGGUGGGUGAGGCAAAGGAAUGGUCAAAUCAGGGAGUGGAAGGUGCAGAGGAGAGAGAGAGAGAGAGAGAGAGAGAGAGAAAGUCUGUAGCCUGGAGCAUUACCAGCGGAACGAGGCACUGCUGCAAAACAGGAGGAAGCGACUCUGAGGAACUGAGGCCAGCACCUGGGUGGUGCACAUCUGACAAGCUGGCCUCCAACGCUCUGCCAACUGUCUCAUCAUGGAUUUUGUCUUUACCUCCUCCAUUCCUACCACGUGUCAAGACUUUAACCUGUCGUUCUUCUGUGAGCUUGAUCCGAACUCCACGUCUCCGUUUCCUCUCAACUCACCAAACUUUGUGAUGUCCUACUUCACCAUGACCUUCGGGAUCCUCUCCAACCUCAUUGGCCUGGCCAUCGUGUCCGCAUCCUACGCCCGCUUCCACCACCGAGCUAAGACGCCGUUUCUGCUGCUAGCAGCCGCCCUGCUCCUGAGCGACCUAGCGGGUCAUUUGGUCACUGGCGCUUUCGCCUUGCACCUGCAUCUCGGAAGAGUCAGGAGGCAACGAGCAGCAAGCAGGGAGGCAAGCGGACCCCCUCAGGUUUUCUGCAAACUUUUCGGUGCCUGCAUGGUCUUCUUCGGCUUGACUCCUCUCCUCUUGGGUAGCGCCAUGGCCGUGGAGCGGUGCAUGGGCAUCACGCAGCCGCUCCAGCACUCUGCUGUGGCCACCACAGCCCACGUUCGCCUCGGUGUCCUCCUGCUCAUCACCAUGGCCUUUACUUUAGCCGCGCUCCCCUUGCUCAAUGUGGGUACCUACGAACCUCAGUUCCCUGGUACCUGGUGUUUCCUUCCUGUACACGGCGCUCUCUCGAGUGCUGACGCCGGCCUGGCAUUGGCCUUCUCGAGCCUGGGCCUGGCAGCUCUAACAGUCUCUGUACUGUGCAAUGCUGUGAGUGGGCUGACGUUGCUGCAGGCCAGGUUUAACAACCAAGGAGCAAAACUGACCGCCUCCAGGAGACACAGAUCGUCUGUGUCAUCUGUGCAUUCUCUGGAUGUGGAGAUGAUGGUGCAGCUGGUGGUCAUAACCCUGGUGUCCUCUGUCUGCUGGAGUCCCUUCCUCAUUUACAUCUCCAUGUCAGUGAGACAGUUCUACAGAGGCAAUACCGAUCCAGACCUGCAGUAUGAGCAGCUGCUGCUGCUGGGUUUGAGGAUGGCAUCGUGGAACCAGAUCCUGGACCCGUGGGUGUACAUCCUCCUGAGACGGGCCGUGCUGCGGCGAGUGUGUGGUCUGCUUUGGCCCAGCAGGGUCAUUUUAUCCCAGAGCAGCUCGUGCAGGAGUUCAGAGCGACAGGAAAUCCAUUUGCACUGACAUCAACGUGCUCACACAAUGCCCACAAGACUGAGAGGUGGCUGUUAAAACUGCUACUGCAACGCUAAAUCAUCGAUUUGUUCCGAUCACGUUCCUCUACACGAACCUUCUGCGAGGUUUAUUUCCAAAUCUCACAUAAUCCACGUAGCACCAACAUGCAUCAGGAUUGUGAGGAGCAUAGAAUAGACUGGAACCCAAAAGUUAGCUCUAAUAUUAAGGGCUGAUUUCUGAGAGCUGGACUGAUAUUUUAGGAAAAUUGAAUUAUUUACGAAUUCUCUGUCUAAAUUACAAGUGAUGAACAUGAGCAAAAAUGAAUAUAAAGAAGGAAUAGCCAAUGCAAUCAGUGAUAUUUAAGAUUUUUAACACAACAUCUUUCAAAAAUAAAUGUUUUUGUGGAAAAAAGAACUGGUUUGGAAACACUGAUCGUCUUGUAUGUAAUGUCUGUGAGGAAUACAUGUGUUAAAUGUGCCAUGUGUCAUAUGUGUGUCAUUUAAAGAAAUUCCUAAAAGAACUAUUUUUUGGCAGAAAAAACAGUUCUUCAAGGGUUCAUUAAGGGUUUCCUGGAUACCUAAAGGGUUGUUUACUAAAAAAAAAAAGCUCUACAUGGAAUCCUUUCUCAUAGGGAAACACUUUGUUGUAGGAUUCCACAUAGAACCUUUCAUGGACGACCGAAGAACCCUAAACCUGCAUUCACGCAAGCAACAUAGUGACAGGCGACUGUUCAUUUUCAAUGUAAGUAAGUGUGCGACAUUUUCCACGUACGUGUGCGAGCUGUGAUUUCAGCUACAGCUGCUGUGACGGCGUGACGAGCGACAUUUGAAAUGAGAUCUUCUCAAUUCUGUGCAAAAGAGGGACGAUGCAGUAAAGUGAGAAAUCCAAACUUUUAGUUCCCAUUUGCUGUUUGACGCACACAAAUAGACGAAAAACUUAUAACCGUGGUUUCAUCUUAUCCUGUCAUAUACAGUAUGAUGUCUCAUUCAAUGUGUAUAGAGACAUUAAGAAGAAAAAUAAAUCGAAUAAAUAAUGGAAGGAAGAAGCAGAGAUUGUUCGUUGGUGCCUCUGGUGAGCGUAUGUAGCUAGUACUGCUAGUACAAAGCUUAGCACGUAACAUGUAAAUCAAACAGCCAAUUUGUAUUGUAUUGUAUUGUAUCAUAUUGUAUAGCUACUACUGGUUCUCAUCAAAAUUUAUAAUUACGCUGGAAAGGCCACGCCCACAAACGAAACAGUUAGCGGUCAGUACACGCCCACGUUCCCCACAUUCGAAGUGAUGCAAGCGAGUGCGAGUGUGAAUGAAGGGUUAUGAUUAUCAAUUCUCCAACUGUGUGAAAAAAAAUUUAAUCUUUAUAUGUAACAUUUUACACAAUUGUUCUCCCCAAUUCUCAUA